AAAAAAUGAAAGUUGACAAAACAUGAGGGACGAUUUCAGUAAUCCAAUCCAAAACUUGCAGUCAACUAGAUCUCUCUCGAUCUCCACCACUGCUCCAGAUUGCCUGCUUCCAUACAACCCUACCCCCAAUAAUCUCACACAACCAAACCCUUGAUCCCACCUUCACAAUCACACUCUCAAUUCCAAUCAAAUUGCUUCCAAAACCUCAAUCAAAUUGCUUCAGAAACCUCGAUCCGAUUCCAUACCAUCAUCCUUCAGUAGCGGCUGUAAUUCAUCUGUGCCUGAAUGUGAUUUUAGGGUUUAUAACUCUGUAUAUAUAACAUAAUGAGAAGACAACGGCCGGAGUUCAGGCGGCCGGUUCGGCGGCGGUUUUCGAAUGUGUUUUGGUUGACAUUAUGCGGAUUAGCGGUUUUGAUGUUGAUUGUUUUGUUGAGUCGAGAGAGUACUCAACCUAGAUCCAGAUCUGUUUUGUCUAAGAGUUCGUAUAGGCAUGAUAAAGCGAUGGAGGGGCUUAAUGUGACGGCUGAGAUGUUGAAUCCCGAUUCGAUUACAAGGCAGUUAAAUGAUCAAAUAUCGUUAGCGAAAGCGUUUGUUGUGAUCGCGAAAGAAAGCAACAACCUUCAAUUCGCAUGGGAGUUGAGCGCGCAGAUUCGCAACUCGCAGAUUCUUCUUUCGAAUGCUGCGUUAAGGCGAACCCCGUUAACGCUUAGAGAAUCGGAAACUGCUGUUCGAGACAUGGCGCUUUUACUUUUUCAAGCGCAACAGCUUCAUUACGAUAGCUCGACUAUGAUCAUGAGAUUAAAAGCCAGAAUCCAAGAUCUUGAAGAACAAAUGAGUUCUGUUACGGAUAAAAGCAACAAGUACGGACAGAUAGCUGCCGAAGAAGUCCCGAAAAGCCUGUACUGUCUCGGUGUACGUUUGACGACUGAAUGGUUUAAGAAACCGGAUUUACAGAAAAAGUUCUCGAGAAAUGCACAAAUCAGCAUGAAAUUAAAAGACAACGAUCUUUACCAUUUCUGUGUUUUCUCGGAUAACAUUCUUGCUACGUCGGUUGUGAUAAAUUCAACUGCGUCGAACUCGUUACACCCUGAUAGAUUAGUGUUCCAUCUUGUUACCGAUGAAGUGAACUACGCUGCGAUGAAAGCAUGGUUUACGAUGAACAGUUUUCGGGGGGUGACGGUUGAUGUUCAGAAAUUUGAAGAUUUCACAUGGUUAAACGCGUCUUACGUCCCGGUUCUUAAACAGUUACAAGAUUCCGAAACCCAGAGUUAUUACUUUUCUGGAAGUAACGAUGGUGGGAAAACUCCGAUUAAGUUUAGAAACCCGAAGUAUCUAUCGAUGUUGAACCAUUUACGGUUUUACAUUCCGGAAGUAUUUCCGUCACUGAAGAAGCUAGUGUUCCUUGACGAUGAUGUUGUCGUUCAAAAGGAUUUAUCGGGUCUUUUUGCUAUCGAUUUAAAAGGUAAUGUUAACGGUGCAGUGGAAACGUGUAUGGAGACGUUUCAUCGAUACCAUAAGUAUUUAAAUUAUUCUCACCCGUUAAUACGAUCGCAUUUCGAUCCCGAUGCUUGCGGGUGGGCUUUCGGGAUGAAUGUUUUCGAUCUGGUUGAGUGGAGAAAAAGGAAUGUUACCGGGAUUUACCAUUAUUGGCAAGAAAAGAACGUCGACCGGACGUUAUGGAAGCUUGGGACGCUGCCACCUGGACUUCUUACGUUUUAUGGGUUGACUGAGCCGUUAGAUCCUAGCUGGCAUGUGCUCGGUUUGGGAUAUACGAACGUUGAUCCGCAUGUGAUUGAAAAGGGAGCUGUGUUACACUUUAAUGGAAACUCGAAACCUUGGUUGAAGAUUGCAAUGGAAAAGUACAAGCCUUUAUGGGAGAAAUAUGUUGAUUAUAGUCAUCCUAUGUUGGAACGAUGUAAUUUUCACUGAUUUGUGCACGUGAGGUGGUGUUUUGUUUGAUAUUAAGGUUUGUGUUAUUUAGUUUAGUGUAACAUUUACUCUUGUAUACUGUAUGGGUCAUUUUGAUGUUACUUGUAUGGAGACGUUAAAUCUCUUUUUUGUUAUUAUUUUCAUUUUACAACCAA